AUGUUUGUCUUAGCUUUAGUAAUCUGUUCAGUAGCAGUUGCUGUUAAUGCAGCACCAACACAAGCACCAAUAGAUGUUAAAGAAAGACUGAAGCAAUCCUUUAAAACAAUAGAUGCUAAUGGAAAUGGAAUCGCGGAAUUCGGAGAGUUUCAAGUUUUAGUUAAAGGUUUUGAUGCCAAUCAGGAUGGUAAAAUAACAUUAGAAGAAUAUGCCGCCGCUGUUCACUCUGAUGUGGCCACCAUGGGACCCAUUUUCCACGCUAUAGACGCCAACCAUAACAACAGUUUGGAUGAUUUUGAUGUAAAAUUUGCUGUGAAUAUGUUUGAUAGUGAUAAUAAUGGUCAGGUGACUCAAGACGAGUUUGUUCUGGAGUACUCUAAGUUUAUAGCGAAGAUUAUGGCCAAUACCAUGCCAAAAGUGUGA